GAUACAUUUCGUAAGGUAACCCGCAGUUUGAUCCGUGAGAUUCGACUCAAAGAGAUCAAGGCGGAGCUGCUCACUUCAGAGCGAUUAAAAGGCUACUUUACUGAUCAUGCGCCAGAUAUUGACGCUCUGCGACAUGAUAAGCCGCUACGUCGAGUUGUAUCUAAUCAUCUGAGUGAUGUUCCUGAAUACUUGGUCCCUGAAUCUCUAAAGGCACUGAUGCCGAACUAUUUCUCGGGAGGGACGCAUAAACGACGCUGGAGAGCGCAGCAUGUUCAUAUGCCAAAACAGGAAAUAAAAAUGGUCUUGGAGUCUGCCGCAGCCGUCUCAGUGAAGCUCAAACGGCAAGAAAUGUAA